UGUUAGCAUAAUAUGGACAGCCAAUCCCGCUCGGCUCGACUCCCAAGUAUAUCUGGAGAUUUUAGACACGAAUAAAAACUAUGUCUCUACUGAGAAGACUUGACGGAACAAUGACAGGUACCGAGUGAAGAAUUGAUAACGGAAUAUCAAGAAAAGAACACUGCGUGUGUUCCGGAGGCGUUCGCGGUUCGAGUGAGCACCUUUUGGUUCGGAGCGCACACAUACGCACGCAUCUGAGCAGCGAUGGGCGCUUGGACGCUGCUGCUGUGCCUACUCGCCAUUGUGAGAGGCAGCCUGGGGGCGGAUACUGAAGAGCGGCUGGUGGAGCACCUGCUAAACCCCGCCCACUAUAACAAACUGAUCCGCCCAGCAACCAAUGGCUCUGAGCUGGUGACGGUUCAGCUGAUGGUGUCACUGGCUCAGCUCAUCAGUGUGCACGAGAGAGAGCAGGUCAUGACCACCAACGUAUGGCUCACACAGGAAUGGCAGGACUACCGUCUGACGUGGGUCCCUGAGGAGUUUGAUGGCAUGGAGAAGGUCAGACUGCCUUCCAAACACAUCUGGCUGCCCGACGUUGUGCUGUAUAACAAUGCUGACGGAAUGUACGAGGUCUCCUUCUACUCCAACGCGGUGGUCUCCCAUGACGGCAGUAUCUUCUGGCUGCCUCCAGCCAUCUACAAGUCAGCCUGUAAGAUCGAGGUCAAACACUUCCCCUUCGACCAGCAGAACUGCACCAUGAGGUUCCGCUCCUGGACCUACGACCGCACAGAGAUCGACCUGAUCCUGAGGUCCGACGUGGCCAGCAUGGACGACUUCACACCCAGCGGAGAGUGGGACAUCAUCGCCCUGCCGGGGCGCCGCAACGAGAACCCUGCCGACCCCACCUACGUAGACAUCACCUAUGACUUCAUCAUCCGCAGGAAACCUCUGUUCUACACCAUCAACCUCAUCAUCCCCUGUGUCCUCAUCACCUCUCUGGCUAUCUUAGUGUUCUAUCUGCCCUCUGACUGUGGAGAGAAGAUGACCCUGUGUAUCUCUGUCCUGCUGGCCCUCACUGUGUUCCUCCUGCUGAUCUCUAAGAUCGUCCCCCCCACCUCCCUGGACGUUCCUCUGGUCGGGAAGUACCUGAUGUUCACCAUGGUCCUGGUGACCUUCUCUAUUGUCACCAGUGUGUGUGUUCUCAACGUGCACCACCGCUCACCCACCACACACACCAUGCCUCCCUGGGUCAAGCUGGUGUUCCUCAACAAAUUGCCUGCGCUGCUCUUCAUGCGCCAGCCCCGGAACAGCUGCGAGCGCCAGAAGCUGCGCCAGCGACGGAGGGGCCAGGAGCAGAGGGAGGGGGGCAGGGAUGGGGGCUCCGCCGGGGGGCUGAUGGUGGGUCUGGGGCUGGGGGGCGGAGGGGGUGGCAUGGAUAACAACGACCCCUGUACGUGUUACGUGAACCGGGCGUCGGUGAAACAGUUUGUAGGGGAGCUGGGAGGGGGCGCGGGGGGAGGAGGGGGAGGGAGGUCGAUGGAGGGGCUGAACGGGCUGAGGGAAGGCAGGGAGGGGGGGCAGGGGAACCGGCCUAGGGGGAAACAGGUAGGAGGGGGCCCAGCCCUGACCCAGGCCGUGCUAGGACAAGCCUGCCCUGGGUUGGAGGAGGCUGUCGACGGGGUCCGCUUCAUCGCCAACCACAUGAAGACUGAAGACGACCACCAGAGCGUGAGCGAGGACUGGAAGUAUGUUGCCAUGGUGAUCGACCGUCUCUUCCUGUGGAUCUUUAUAAUUGUGUGUGUGUCCGGAACGGUCGGGAUGUUCCUCCAGCCACUGUUCCAGAACUACACUGCCAAGACCAUCACCAACACCAAUGGCUGACCAACCAGGUGCCCAGCAGCAUCGAUGGACACCGCCCCGACCCAAUCAGCACAGCAGGACAGGGGCAGGAGGGAGGGACCUGCCCAGUAGGGGAAGUGGGUUUUAUUAAGUCUGUGGAACUAAAUUGGACAGAAGCCACACCUGUUAACCUUUAUAGCCUUUCUACUGAACUGUUCUGAACUGAAAAAGUGAACACCAACAUCGUAUUAAAGAUAUUUUUUUUCUAGAGGAGGGAUAAAUGGAUGGACAACUCUUCCCUUUUUCCCAGAGGACGGUGGAGUUAUCCCUCUCCUCUCUCCCUCUGAGUGAUAAGCGGCAGGAGCCAAUCAGGGAGAGAGGACAAUCUCUAAAUUGUUUGACAUCCUGUAGAACGCUACGCCAACCAAUCAAUGCUCUUCAUUCCAAGCUGACUGUGCAAGCUUACUGAGAGUAUAUCGUCGCACCUUCAACUGGUACAGAACUUAAUGCUUCAGUAACAGAACCUUGAUUGGAAACUGUGUCAACCAAUCAGAAAAAAUGUAAAGGCAAGUCAUAAUUGUUUUUCAAAGCCACUUCUGUUAAGCCAACUGAUAGUACAGUACAGUAUAUUUUACCAUAGCAUAGCAGUGUACCACAGUAUAGCUUUGAAUAUAAUAUUAUUGCGAUUUCUCGGUGUCUGUUCCUGAUAUAAAGGUAGGGUGCAGUGGUUUGUUGUAUGAUUCUCUAGGCUUUUAAACAAGAAUGUGAUAUUACCUGUACUACACAGCCUGUGAUGUGUACGCUAACACUAUAUGUGUAGAAGAGACAGAUCGUGAAGGAGAGAGAUGAAAGAGAGAUAUUGACAGAGAGUUAGAUGGAAUGAGAUGAAGUAGUUAUGGUGCAUCCCAAACCGCCCCCUCGCCUCUACCAACUCCCUCCGUUGUCACAUGUUGAAGCUCCGAGGGUGACUUCCAGAGAGUGGCGAUGGGAUCAAUAAACCCAUCAACUUCGGGACCAGUCUCUGAAUCAGACAUAAACACAUGCACAUGGUAUAUAAUUAGACACGCCUCUCCAUUUUUUACAAUUCAAUUGUGCUAACUUCAAACAUAUAGCGGUGAGUGUCGGGAUAGUACUUCGCUCUGAAGCCUGCAUCCGUGCUGGCUAUUUCGAAGUGGCUAUAGGAGGAUCUAAUUAGCCCCUAUGCCCCCAGCAUUUUCACUUCCUCAGCUUUAGUACACUUGUGCAAAUGGCGGAGGCGCGUGUGAACGCGCAAGUGGAGUGCCGAGGGGCCAGGCGAAGGGGGUGAUUUGGGAUUCAGCCUGAGAGAAUGAUAAAGGUGUAGAAUGUCUGCGUAUACAGCUCUAUUGGGAUCAUAGCAGCUUGUGCCAUCGGGUGCAGUUGCAAGGGGAUGAGUCUAGAUUCAGUAAGUUCCUGGGAAACUGAGGUUGGGUUGAGCCAAGAUGGAGUAAAUUCCCUCCUUUUACAGUUGAGCCAUGAUUGCACAAAAUUGGGUGGUCGAAUAUAGAACUGACAGAUGAUAUGUAUGUUGGAAUAAGGAUGUUUUCUCAUGAAACAUAAGCUAUUGUGUGUAAUGAAUGUUUGCACAAAUGUUCAUUUCUGUCAACACUGUGAUUCUCAUUAUCAGAGUAAGACAGUGUCUCACUCUCUGUCCUCUCUUCCUUUCCUCCCUCUCUCCUCCCCUCCU